ACAUUUCUUGAGUAGAUGCGAUUGCCAUCAUGACGUCUGCUGCAGAGCCCAGAGUAGCUGAAGCCUCACGGUUUCCUGUUGUGUAUCUGAAGGGGAAUCAGCAGCGACCAACGUCUCCUCAACCCCCGGAGUAGAUACUGUCAUCACAUUUCCGUAGCCCAGUGUGCAAGAAUAUUAUAGUCAUUGAAAAUUAGCUAAAAUUGUUUCGAGCUUUUAAUUUGUUUUUCUCCAAAGGUAGCGGAAAGAUGCAAUUUUAUAAGAUCCUCGGGUUCAUCGUAGGCGCGGCAUUCCUGCUCUUCGGGAUUUCUGAUGGAACAAUUGUGAUCAAGGAGCUGUCUGGUGGAAUCGCUUUGCAGUGUCCAAAUGCUGGAGAAUGGGAGAAGGACGGAGUGAGCUAUGCAGGAAAAAUGGACAAUGGGAAUUUGAAACUGCCAAGGCUUUCAGACACUGAUACUGGAGAAUAUACCUGCAUUAAUGGCCAACAGAGGUCCUCUGCUUUUGUGUUUGUCAAACUUUGCAAGAAUUGUGUGCAGUUGGACCCUAACACCAUCUCCGGAAUUGUGAUUGGAGACCUUAUUGCCACCAUCUUUAUCGCUGUGGCGAUUUACUGUGUGGUAUCUUCAAAUAAGGGGAAAGCUUCUGGCAAUAGGAGCUUUGCUCCCCAUAACAAUGAUCUCUAUCAGGAGCUUGCGGAUCGUAGAGGGAGCUCUGAAUACAGUCAGCUUACUCCACGCCUGAAAAUAUAAAAAUGGGAUUCAAAGACUUUCAGCCAAGCAGAUUUUAGUUAUCUUGUGCUUACUGCUUUUGCUACUUUUUUUGUUAAACCAUUUUUAAGAAGCUAUUUUGCAAACAAAAGCAAAAAAUUGUAUUAAGCUGUUAUUUUAGAUGGUAGGUGUGUAAAUUCUGUUAUACAAGACCCCACUAUUCUCCAUUCCAGCUUCUUAAUGAGGUGGCUAAAAUGUAAUGUCCUUGAGUGGGGCAUCCCCCCCCCCACCCCCAGCACUAAAUGCCAGAGCAUCUUCCUAUUGUGUGUUUGAAUGGCCAACAAAGGGCUGAGAGUGGAGAGUAUACAGGAACAGCUCAGAAAGAACUGCCGGCAGUUGUGCUGUUUGGGGAACUUGUGAAGGACAGUUCAUUCGUGUCCAGACUGCAGCCUUGUUGCUUAUGCUGGAAAUACCAGAGCAAAUGUGAAAUUGUAUUAGUGUAAUUUCAGUGAGGACAUUUUGUGGAUGAAUAACUUAAUGGGCUGAAAAUGCAAAGUGUAAUUUCUCCAAAUCAGCCUGGCUUAUGGUAAUGAGUACAAUAUAGCAAAACCCCAGAUGUGCGGAUAUCUUCCCCUGCCAUAUUGUAAGUGAAAUAUCUGGUACAGAGUGAGUUUGUGAGAAACCAAAUAGGAAGCUACUGAUACUGCUGCUGCUGCGAGACUUAAGAAAACAAGUUGUGAUGUGGUCAAUAAGUUUGGCUCACAAGACAACAUUUCGUGAGAGAAGAGCUUUAUGAUAGCGGUUAGAAUGCACUGAACUUUUGUUAACACAGACUUGUAGAGAAGCAAAGAAUAGUUAGCUUUCCAGGAUAGAAUAAUUGGUUUAUUAUUGUCACAAGUACUAGGGAACUUUGUUUUGCACGCCAUCCAUAUAGAUCAUUUCACAACAACAGAACAUCAAUGUAGUACACGGGUGGGGGGGGGAGAGCAAUAACAGAAUGUAGUGUUACAAUUACAAAGUGCAGUUAGGCAGACAAUAAGGUGCAAAGUUAUGAUGAGGUAGACUGUGAGGUUGAGAGUCUGUUUGCAUAAUAUAUCUGUACCAAGCAUAUCUAACCAUUCUAAUCUAUAGAAAAGGCACUGGUUCCAUAGUUGCUGCACGAGUUAUACGUUGCUGGUUCCUCUACCUUGUCUUCUCAAAACUUUUUGUCCAUGCUUCCACAUAUUUCAUAGCAGGAAUCAUUUGUAGCUUUUUGA